CAAACUCAUCAACAUGGCCUGCAAGCUGAUCGUCCUCGCCGCCUUCGUGGCUGUGGCCCGCGCCGGCUACCUGGGUGCCCCCGCAGUCUAUGCCCCCGGCGCCCCCAUCGCCACCCGCGCCUACGCCGCCCCGGUGGCGUACGCCGCCCCAGCCCUUCGUGCUGCCCCUGUGGCGUACGCCGCCCCUGCGCUGCGUGCCGCCCCCCUGGCCGUCGCCCCCGCCGUGAGGGCCGCCCCCGUCGCCGUCGCCGCCCCCGCCGCCGUGGCCGCCGAGUACGACCCCAACCCCCAGUACAGUUACGCCUACAACGUGCAGGACGCCCUCACCGGUGACUCCAAGGCUCAACAGGAGACCCGCAACGGAGACGUCGUCCAGGGCAGCUACAGCCUGGUCGAGCCCGACGGUUCCAUCCGCACUGUCGACUACACCGCCGACCCCGUGAACGGCUUCAACGCCGUCGUGCACAAGGAGGCCGGUGCCCACCCCGCCCCCGUCGUUGCCAAAGUGGCCGCCCCCGUCGCCUACGCCGCCCCCGCCAUCGCUAAGGUGGCUGCUCCCCUUGCCUACGCCGCCCCCGCCUAUGGCAAGGCUAUCCUGGGUUAAGUUACGUGAGUAACUUCGCAGGCAAACGAUACUGAAAGAAUGAUGCGUGCAAAUUCUUGUAUUUAUUGUGUGUAAAUGUGUUUUGAUCAGUAUUUUAUACGCAACAAAUAAAAACUGUUGACACAAUAGUAAA